AUGACGGUGGAAGGACACCACGCCACGCCCUUCCACGAAACAGGAGACGAAGGUGAAAGCGAAGCGAACAAACUCUCCCGUGCCCUGAGCGACUAUAGUGAAGCCUCAGAUGCCAUCAGUGAGAUACGGAGUGAGGGCCAGGAGAACAAGAGUACGAAGAAGUCAAAGCGAAAACCCAGGCCGUUGGAAGGGAAAGAAGAGGUCGCCAACAGCAUGCGUCUGCUGAGCACACCAUCAGGCAAUGAGGCAGACGAUCUCACACCUGGAAGCAGAAGACGUGCUUCCAUUAGCCCUGCUGCUGGCAACUACAUCAAGGCUUCCACGAUGCCAGCACAAGAGGAGGAUCAGGAACAUCAUUCGAGGAUUUGGAAAUUUCUCACUUGCCUCACUUCUGAACACGUGCUGUCUAACAUCACGGGCGUGGUCGUGAUGAUCGAUGCAUUUCUCACUUGUUAUGACAUCGAUCAGCGGGCAGCUGGCGAAACACCGUCGACUAUUGUCGGGCUACUCUCGGAUGCCUGCUUGAUGGUGUACACGCUAGAGCUCAUCCUGCUGUGUAUAGCCAAUGGGGUACGUGUCCUAUGUGAGAGAUCCAAAGAUGUGUUAUUCAUGGUUGAUCUGGUAGUUCUCGUUUGUGGCUACGUCGAAUUGCUGCUUGAAGCAUUUGGAUUGGCCGAUUUCUUCGUGCAGAUCGGCAUGCUUCGGAUGCUGCGCGUUGCACGCAUCAUGCGCUUAACUCGGCUUUUGCGGAAGAGCUCUUCCCUGAAAGAGCUGAGACGCUUGUUAACAAUGAUGGCUACUUGCAUGAAAGCGCUGGCCUGGUCCUUUCUUAUGUGCUUUGGAGUUAUGACAUUCUGGGCGAUGCUGAUGGUCGAGGUCAUCCAUCCGACGUUGGUCCAGAAUUUGGCAAAUGAUGAGUUCGGGGACUGCGAGCAGUGCAUCCGAGCAACAUCGUCCGUCAUGUCUGCGAACUUGCUGCUGUUUAAGACAGUCAUUGCAGGUGAUAGUUGGGGCCUUAUUGCUGUUCCAGUGAUAGAGGCACACCCCUUCACAGCCUUCCUUUUUGUGGGCUCGCAGCUCACAUUGGUCUUUGGUGUUCUGAAUUUGAUCGUCGCAGUCGUAGUCGACACCUUUGCGGAAGCGAGAGCUCAUGACGUGUUGAACCUAGCGGAGGAGCUGGAACAGGACAUGAAGCUUGACAAAAUCAGUCUACGGAAGAUCUUUGACAGGAUCGAUGAGGAUGGUAGCGGAACUGUUACGAUUGACGAGCUUAUCGACGGAGCCCGGAAGGAUCCGGAGUUCCAAAGCAGGUUACAAGUUAUGGAUAUCGAUGAGGUUGACUUGCAGCAGCUCUUCGAGAUGAUCGAUACCGAAGGCUCAGGGCAAGUCCAUGCCAAAGACUUCAUUGGGCCGCUGAGCCGAUGGGUCCGCGACUCCAAGAUGACGGCCCCACGCUUCGUGAAGUACAACGUGAUGAGGCUCAUGCACCUGCAUACGGAGCACUCCCGAUCUGUGGAUCAGCGCUUUGAGAUGUUGGCGCAAAGAUUUGACGAGAUGCUGCUUGCCAUGAGACAUGGCAUGGGCGGCGACAGGACCAUAUCAGAAUCAAUCUCAGCAGGUUCGCUUAGCAUGCAGAUGAUGCAGUUCCGCAAUUCGGCGCCAGUGACGGAUCGUUUUCAGACCAACGAGGUGGAGGCUGUGGAGCAGCCAAAGGCAUCGCUGUCCACUUCAGUGUCGCUGUUGCCAGGCAGCGCGCGACCAGUUGAGCAGGAGUUGUUGGAGUCCAUGGAGGCCUUCAGGGCAGAUUUGCUGGAGUCUGUGAAUGCCCUCUAUUCUUCUAUUCUGCAGCGGAGAUCUCUAGAUGAGCUGCCUGAAAGUCGCCUUCCACGACGGCUGAGUCUUCCCUUGGCUUCUUCAACGAAGGAGCGUCAGCUGCCGCCUACCAGUGCAAGGUGUGCUUCGGGGCCAGCGCCAAGAGCAUGCAGCAAGACAUUUGGUGCUUGCAGCGAGCUGAACAGCUACGACACGGAUGAAGCGCCCGUUUUACACCCACAGCGGAGUUCGCUGGUUGGCCCCGUGCCAGAAUCUUUUUCGCAACGUCCCGGUUCCAGGGCUUCAUAG